GUUUCAUAUAAAACGGCUUUGCUUUUGUGUCCCUUUGCUUCAAUCCGUAAAUAAUCUAAAAAAUCUCCCAGAUAUCAAGAUAUCAGCUGAUGAUGACGGGCAUGCGUGGAAGUUAUUGUUGUGGUUGAAAAUGGUGAGAAGAGAGGAAAAAGCAAAAUGAAACUGAAAAUAUAAAUCUCUAGUGAUGGCUGAAGAAAAACUCUUCAUAUCCUUUGCAUGCCAGAGAUGUUCCCAGGCACUUCGUCUCGAUGAUUCCCUGAAUUCUUUCAGUGAACACACUUCAGCAGAGCUAAAUUUGCCAAUACAUUCCAAUCCUGAUGUUGAUUUGGAGUCCCAAGCGACCAGUUUCGAUCACUAUGUGCCCCCUUGUAGGCUGUCUGAUUCUGGAAAUGGAGCUAAUGGUUUUAUGUUGAUAUCAGAUGAAAAUGAAGUUGAUCUACUGAGUCAUCAGUUCAAGAUUCAAGCUGCUCUAUUUGAUACAAUUUCAGGGAAUUCAAAUAUUGAUCACCCCUUAUGUGAUGAAUGUACAGAUAAUUUGAUAGAAAUUUUAGAUCAACAACUCAAAAUCACACAAGAAGAUUAUGAUGAUUAUAGCAGAUAUUACAAAAUGUUACUGAGUGAAAAAGAUGAACCCAAACUCAGUGAUCUUGAAAAAGAACUGAAUGAUCUGAAAUCAGAAGAAAAUAGACUUCUUGAUGAGUUGGAAGCUCUGCAAAAGGAAGAGGAGGAAACCUUGAGAUCCAUUGGACAGCAAGAAGCUAUAUCAGAAAAAAUUACCCAAGAGGAAGAUAAAUAUUGGAAAGAAUACACAAGACAUCGCAGAGAUUUCUUAGUUCUUGAAGAAGAAGGAAGAAGCCUAGAAUGUCAAUUGAACUACAUAAGUCUUCAGCUUGAUAAACUGCAGAGGACCAAUGUUUUCAAUGCCACCUUCCAUAUUUGGCAUAAGGGUCAUUUUGGUACUAUAAAUAAUUUUAGAUUAGGACGACUGCCAUCAGCACCAGUGGACUGGUCUGAGAUCAAUGCAGCUUGGGGCCAGACAGCUCUAUUAUUGUCUUCUCUUGCUAGAAAAAUCAACCUCACUUUUGAAAGGUUCAAGCUUGUGCCAUUUGGAAACCAUUCACAUAUUGUGGUUCUUGAGGAAGAAAAAGAACUUCCUCUCUAUGGAUCAGGGGGUUUCAAAUUCUUGUGGGACACAAAGUUUGACAGUGGAAUGGUGGCAUUUUUGGAUUGUUUGCAACAGUUCCAGGAAAAAGUCGAGAAAUUGGAAAAGGGGAACAAGGUUUUCUGUUUUCCAUACAGAACAAAUAAAGGAAAGAUAGAAGAUAAAGAUGCCAGUUACUCAAUCAAGAUUCAGUUGAAUUCAGAAGAACAGUGGACCAAAGCUUUGAAAUUCAUGUUAACCAAUUUGAAAUGGGGACUUGCUUGGGUCUCCUCACAGUUCAAUAGUGAUGGUGAAGAAAUACAAUCAGACAAUUGAAGUUAUUAGUCCCAUAGAUGAAUUAUAAAGUUGUUUCUAUAGUAUCAGGUUUAAGACUAUUUAAAAUGUAAUAUAAUAUUUUUGUUAUUGAAAAAACAGACAUUCUUGUAAAUAAUUGACUUUGUCUUUAAACACUUGUUUUUAAUAA